AUGUUUCUUUCGGCUCUCCUUGAGGGACGUUCUCCCUCAGCGCAGCAGCAGCAGCAGCAACAGCAGCAGCAGCAGCAGCAGCAGCAGAGGGUUGAUGCGGGGGCCUUCCUAGAGCUCCGCCAGGCAGUGCAGCACCGCAAGCAGCAGCAGCAGCAGAGGCCUGCUGCUGCUGCGUCAUCACAGCAGCAGCAGCAGCAGCAGCAGCAGCAUCCACAGCACCACCACAGUCCUCACCUUCAGCAGCAGCACUCUGCGCAGCAGUUGCUGCAGCACCCGAAGCAGCAGCAGCAGCAGCAGCAGCAAACUUGGCGGCAGCAGCGAUGGGGGAGCGAUGUGCUGUCGCGGUGGAAGUCUGUGGAUGCGGCAUUGCUGCGUCCUGCUGCUGCUGCAGUUGCUGCAGCAACACCAGCAGCAGCAGCAGCAGCAUCUGCUGCUGCUGCUGCUGCUGCGGAGAAAGCAGCAAACCAGUGGGGUGUAGAUCAUGGUGUUGCUGCUGCAGUUCGUCAGCAGCUGCAGCAGCAGCUGCAGCAACGCCCUACGUGGGUGGAGGUGCAGCAGCGCCUCUGCUGCGCAUCUGAGGAGAGAGAAGCAGCAAGAGCAGCAGCAGCAGCUGCUGCUGCUGCUGCAUGCAAACUAAAGCUGCAGCAGCAGCAGCGGCUGGGGCCAAUCCAAGACAUGCUGCUGCAGCUGCCUGAAGCAGAAGCGGAAGCAGCACAGAUGCUGCUGCUGCCGCCACAGUGCAGCAGCAGCAGCGCGAUCAGCAGCAACACCAGCAGCAACAACAGCAGCAGCAGCAACAGCUUCACAGCCAGCGGAGUAGACACGGAGCUGCAGCAGCAGCAGCAGCAGCAGCAGAAGCUUUCUCCAGAGGCUAUGGAUUUGCUGCAGCAACUGACCACACAGCCGCAAGAGCAGCAGCAGCAGCAGCAGCAGCAGCAGCAGCAGCAGAAAUAUCCGUUGCUGCAGUCUAUCCCCAGAGCGCUUCAGCAGCUGCAGCAGCAGAAGCAGCAACUGCAGCAGCAACUGCAGCAGUUCGAUCUCGACACCUGCAGCAGCAGCAGCAGCAGCGGCAGUGACGCGCACCAGCAGCAGCAGCAACAGCAGCAGCAAGAAGAACUGGAAGAAGCAGCAGAAUGCAUGCAGCAGCUCGCUGUACUUGUGGGGGAACUGCAGCAGCUGCAGCAGCAAUUUGCUGCGCAGCAGCAGCAGCAAGAGCAGCAAGAAGGCGAGGGGCUGCUGCAGCAGCUGCAUGCUGCUGCAGCAGAGUCGCUGCUGCAGCGGAGGAAAGCAUUAUUCCUAGAACACCUUUCUAUCGCCCUCAAGUUGACAGAGGAGGCAGCGGCUCUGCUGCAUGCGUGUGAAGCAGCAGCAGCAGCAGCAGCAGCAGCAGCAGCAGCAACAGCAACAGCAGCAGCAGCAGGAUCUGAAUGUUUAUCGUGCCUUGGCAGCAACGAGGCUUCGUUGCUGCUGCUGCUGCAGCAGCUGGGGGUUAUACUAGCUGCUGAGGUGCUGCCCCCCUGCAGCAACAGCUUCCUCGCUAGGCGGCUGCUGCUGCUGCUGCCGCGCAGCAGGCUGCUGCUGCUGCAGGCUGCCAGCAGCGCGCUUACUCUGUGUCACUGGGGUCGAGCUGCUGCUGCUGCUGUUGCUGCUGCUGCUGAUGGCUCUUCUGCUGCUGCUGCCUCCGCUGCAACAGACGCAGCAGCCGACAAGGAAACAGAGAAGGAUGCAGCAGCAGCAGCAACGACGGCAGCAGCAGCAGCAGCAGCAGCAGCAGCAACAGCAGCAGCAGGCGACGAUGGGCGCUUCCAGGCAGCAAGAGAACACCUUGUUAAGUCCCUGGGUGCUCUGCUGCUGCUGCAGCGUCUGCAGCUGCUGUGCGAGUCUGUGCUGGCCUCAGCAGCAGCAGCAGCAGCAGCAGCAGCAGCAACAGCAACAGCAGCAGCAGGAGGAGGAGCAGGUGAGCGUGCGGUGCUCGCCUUCUCUGCGCUGCAGCCGCUGCAGCUGUGGGCAGCAGCAGCACUAGCGCAGCCGCUGCUGCUGUCUUUUGUUUUUUUUUUUAUGCGGGGAGAAGACAGCCAGCUGCAGCGCCUCGAUAGGCCCCAGUGGCCUGCUGCUUUUCUGCUGCAGCUGCUGCAGCAGCUGCAGCAGCACAAAGCAAACGGAGGAAUCCUUGACUGGACUCAGUGGAAAGAAACAAGUAGCAGCAGCAGCAGCAGCAACAGCAGCAGCAGCAGCAGCAACCAGACGCAGCAACGAGAUAGCGGGAAGCUACAGCUCUCGCCUCGGCUGCAGCAGUGGCUGCUCGUUCCGUCAACAAACAGCAGCAGCAGCAGCAGCAGCAACAGCAACAGCAGCAACAGCAGCAGCAGCAACGACGACGACAGAAACGAAUCAGGCGAUACAGCAGCAGCAGCAGCAGAGCUGCUGCAGCGUCUUGCUGCAGCAGCAGCAGCAGAACUCGAUCCCCUUGUUCUGGUGUCUGUACACCUCGCGCGGGCGU